AUGACCAGCGACGCAAACCCCGUCUCUAUUUCGACGCCACCGAUGGCGUCCAGUGCGGACUCAAAUGUCCCAACGGAAGCACGCCCGGUUGCAGACGAUGUCAAGGUCGCUGAUGCCAAGAGCGCCGAAGUGCCGUCAAAUGAUAAGCCGCCAUCUACAGAUGCAAUUCGCAAAGUUGAGGACUAUAUGGUGUUCGAUAGCAAGGGUGAAAAACACACUUUCCAGAGCAUCUAUGAUGGGCCCGAUUCAACUGGCCGCGUAUUGGUGAUUUUCAUUCGCCAUUUCUUCUGUGGGGCAAUCCGGCCCGACGAGUUGCGGCAACUACCUGUACCCACGUCGUUCGCCAUUAUCGGCUGCGGGGAUCCCGGCCUGAUCGACUUCUACGCUAAGGAGACAGGCUGUACAUUCCCAAUUUAUGCUGACCCAGCAAACACACUAUAUGACGACUUGGGAAUGUCCAUGACGUACGCUCUCGGACCGCGCCCCGAGUACUUCCGCAAGAGUAUGGUGCGAAUUGUCUCAGAGUCCCUCGUGCAAGGGUUCAAGCACUUUACCAGCGGGCUUGCCACCAAGGGAGGUGAUUCCAAACGGGUGGGUGGUGAGUUCCUCUUUGAACCGAGUGAGGACGGAGAAGCGAAAAGGAUUGCGUGGUGCCAUCGCAUGACAACAACGCGCGAUCAUACGGGACUCAAAGAGCUGGCACAGGUACUCGACACGGAUGGUAAGGUUCUGUUGCAGAGAUCGUGA